AUGGCUGCAGCUUUUGACACCACCAGUCUUCAAGACUCCCUCCAGAUCCCGUUUCCUGCUGCCACUAAGCAGGUUGCGGGGUUGGUGAAUGGCAUACAGACUGAUGUUUCGACAAUGAGCUUCAGCGAUAAGAUCAUGGUUACAAUUUCACAAGCUGGUCGGCUGUCACAUUGGGUUGGUCUCAUCGAGUCGAUGCUAUGGAAUGUUGUUGACGGAUUAUAG